AUGGUCUCUAGCCUGCUUCCAAACCCGCCCUCGGCUGAGUGCUGGGCAGCACUUCUACAUGAUCCUAUGACGCUUGAUAUGGACGCAGUCCUGUCAGACUUUGUUCGGUCCACGGGGGCAGAACCUGGUCUGGCCAGAGACCUGCUGGAAGGCAAGAACUGGGACUUGACAGCUGCUCUAAGCGACUAUGAACAACUCCGACAGGUGCACACAGCCAACCUGCCACACGUGUUCAAUGAAGGGAGGUGUGCCAAGCAGCCCGAGCGAGAAUUGCCCCAGCCAGGGCACAAAGUGGAGCGACCCUGCCUGCAGAGGCAGGACGAUAUUGCCCAAGAGAAACGCCUUUCCCGGGGGAUUUCCCAUGCCAGCUCAGCCAUCGUCUCCCUGGCCCGAUCCCACGUAGCCAAUGAAUGCAGCAAUGAGCAGUUCCCACUGGAGAUGCCCAUCUAUACAUUCCAGCUGCCGGACCUGAGCGUGUACAGUGAGGACUUCAGGAGCUUCAUCGAACGAGACCUGAUUGAGCAAGCCACCAUGGUAGCUCUGGAGCAGGCAGGUCGCCUGAACUGGUGGUCUACUGUGUGCACAAGCUGUAAAAGGCUUCUUCCUUUGGCCACGACAGGGGACGGGAACUGCCUCUUACAUGCCGCCUCACUGGGAAUGUGGGGCUUUCACGACCGGGACCUGGUUUUGCGGAAAGCUCUCUAUACCAUGAUGAGGACAGGUGCUGAGCGAGAGGCCCUGAAGCGGAGGUGGAGGUGGCAGCAGACACAGCAGAACAAGGAGUCAGGGCUGGUGUACACUGAGGAGGAAUGGGAGCGAGAGUGGACAGAGCUGCUAAAACUGGCCUCCAGCGAGCCUCGCACACACUUCAGCAAGAAUGGCAGCGGCACGGGUGGUGGUGUGGACAACUCUGAGGAUCCUGUGUAUGAAAGCCUGGAGGAGUUCCAUGUCUUCGUCCUCGCCCACAUACUGCGGAGACCCAUUGUGGUGGUGGCAGACACCAUGCUAAGAGACUCCGGUGGUGAAGCAUUUGCACCCAUCCCAUUCGGAGGGAUCUACCUGCCCUUGGAGGUGCCUCCCAACAGGUGCCACUGUUCGCCCCUGGUUCUGGCUUAUGAUCAAGCGCACUUCUCGGCCCUUGUGUCCAUGGAACAGAGAGACCAGCAGAGAGAACAAGCCGUCAUCCCCCUGACGGAUUCGGAGCACAAGCUGCUGCCCUUGCACUUUGCGGUGGACCCCGGAAAGGACUGGGAGUGGGGGAAAGACGAUAACGACAAUGCCCGGCUAGCCCACCUCAUCCUGUCUCUAGAAGCCAAGCUGAACCUUCUACACAGCUACAUGAAUGUGACAUGGAUCCGCAUCCCCUCCGAGACCCGGGCUCCCCUUGCACAGCCAGAGUCCCCAACAGCCUCAGCAGGGGAGGAUGUGCAGUCCCUGGCCGAAUCACUGGACUCGGACCGCGAUUCUGUGUGCAGCAAUUCCAACAGCAAUAAUGGCAAAAACGGUAAGGACAAGGAGAAGGAGAAACAGCGCAAGGACAAGGACAAGACGCGCGCAGACUCCGUGGCCAACAAGCUGGGCAGCUUCAGCAAGACGUUGGGCAUCAAGCUGAAGAAAAACAUGGGAGGGCUGGGCGGCCUGGUGCACGGUAAGAUGGGUCGCGCCAACUCUGCCAAUGGCAAGAACGGCGACAGCGCCGAGCGCAGCAAGGAGAAGAAGUCCAAGUCGCGCAAGGGCAGUAAAGAGGAAUCGGGAGCGUCGGCUAGCACCUCGCCCUCGGAGAAGACCACGCCGUCGCCCACGGACAAAGCGGCGGGAACGUCGCCGGCCGACAAGGGCAGCGGGCCAAGGAGCGACGCCUGGAAGUACAGCACGGACGUGAAGCUGAGCCUCAACAUCCUGCGCGCCGCCAUGCAGGGCGAGCGCAAGUUCAUCUUCGCUGGCCUGCUGCUCACAAGCCACCGGCACCAGUUCCACGAGGAGAUGAUCGGCUACUACCUGACCAGCGCGCAGGAGCGCUUUAGCGCGGAGCAGGAGCAGCGGCGCCGGGACGCUGCGGCGGCAGCCAGCACCACGGCCACGGCCACGGCCACGGCCACAACCAAGCGACCGGCGCGCAGGCCCGAGACUGAAGGGACGCCAGGCCCGGAGCGCGCCUCGCCGGGCCCGCCAGCCGCGCCGCCCACGCAGCUGGUGCUCAAGCUCAAGGAGCGGCCGAGUCCGGGGUCUGGCGCGAACGCGCGGGCGACGCGGGCGGCGGGUGGCGCGGCGUCCCCGGGCCCGGGCGGUGGCGCGCGUCGCGCGGGAACCGGCACGGCUGGCCCGGCCCCAGGCCGCAGCCCACCCGCGCCCGCGCGCCAAAGCGUCAUUCACGUACAGGCGGCCCGGGACGAGGCAUGCGCGCCGGCCGUGGGCGCGCUGCGACCGUGCGCCACCUACCCGCAGCAGAACCGCUCGCUCUGGUCCCAGAGCUACAGCCCAGCGCGCGGCGCCUUGCGUACGGUCAACACGGUGGAGUCGCUGGCGCCCGGCGGAGCGGACUCCCCGGGGCCCGCGGAGCACAAGUCGCAGACCUACAGCAACGGCUUCGGCGCGGCCCGCGACGGUCUGGAGUUCGCCGAUGCCGACGCGCCGGCCACGCGCUCGAACGCAGAGUGUGGCCGCGGUGGCCCCGGGCCCGCUCAGCGGCGCUGCCAGCGAGAGAACUGCGCGUUCUACGGGCGCGCCGAGACCGAGCACUUCUGCUCCUACUGCUACCGCGAGGAGCUGCGGCGGCGGCGCGAGGCACGCGCUGCGCGGCCCUGA